AGCGCUUUUAACCCAAUUCAUUUGCCGCCGAAAAUACAACAUACCUUCAUAACUAUAGCAUACGUUGCUAAAUAUUCCCAAUGUAACGAGACGUUGCGCUUAUAUUUAGUGACGAGUGUCACUAAUAUAAUAUUAAUGCAAUCAAAUAUGGAUUUAGAGCAGGAGGAAACCCUCGCGACCGAACACAGUGUUGAUGGUGAAGGAGACAACAGCUUUUACCUCAACAGGUUUACGUUGACAAAACAUCACUUCUCAUCCGCCACUGUCUCCUCUCUUCGUGUGCUGAGUGAAGAUAUUUCCCCUCAGAUGCAGUGUCAAACUGGACAGAGCAGAAAGACAUCCGCAGCAAAACAGCAAACCCACAGCACUUUGGUGACUUCAACAAAUCCUGCAAGAGUUAAAGCUCCAGUUAACGAAGAAGAAAGUUCUUCAGAAAGGGAAUCCAGAGAAGUGUUGAGACCCAUUCCCAUACAUGGCACCAUCUCAUUAGAUGCUUCUCACCAGCAGUCUGGGCCUACUUUGAGACGCUCAGUGAGAAUUAAUGGCAAAACAGCUGGAACAAAAGUUGAUCCAUCCACAAUGAAGAGAACUCAACUUCUGAAUACUCAACACAGGUCCCUGCCUUCCACAAGGGAGGAGAGCCUAAACACUAAAGAGUACAAUAAGGCAUUCAAUACACCUUUGACUCCACAUGAUAAACCAACAUUACUCGCUAAUCCUUACAUUAGUUCAGGUUUCAGUGGCAAGUCAGGGAAAUUUGUAUCACUCAAGUCCAUCCACAGACGGAAUCAUUUUGGAGAGACAAAGCUGCAUUUAGCCGUGAUGAAGGGAGACAUUCAAGACAUCAAAGACUUGAUCACGGCGGGUGCUUCCGUUAACACACCCGAUUAUGCAGGUUGGACUCCACUGCAUGAGGCAGUGCAGAGAAACAAGUAUGACGUGACAGAAAUUUUACUCAAGGCUGGAGCCAAAGUCAACUGUAGAGGACUUAAUGGAAUUACACCUUUACAUGAUGCCAUAUAUUGUCAGUAUUACAAGAUUGUAGAACUACUUCUGAAGUAUGGUGCUGAUCCAUUAUCAAAGUGUGACAGAGGAAAGACUCCUAUGGACAUGACUGCAGACAGAGCUAUGUACAUACUGGUGGAGAAAUAUUUGCAGAAGUCUAAAAGUGAUCCAGCUGGGAAUCCACCCAGCAUCACUGAUUCUGCAGCUAAUCCAAGUUUGAGCCAAAGAAACAACCAGAACUCCAUCAAAGACACAAGAGCUCCUCUUCAGAAAUCAACCGGAACUGCUAAAAAAAGUGAGCGUGAAAGCAGCCUGCAGUCUGGUGAAGCUGAACUCAUUCCUGGUCCAAGCGGAGGACAACCAAGCUGUGAUCCAUCCAUGAGGUUUCCGGCCUCUUUCAAAGUGGAACCAUCACCUCAAACUAGCAUCAAUCUACUGUGGCCUCCCUUGAAGUUGUGUAGCCAGGGUCCCUCACUGGUUGAAGAUCAGGAGAGCGAGGGAUCAGACACCUCAUGCUGCCUAGACAGUGAUGGUACAGUGGAUUAUAUUGAAGAUUAUUCAUCAUCACCAGAACAUUGGACUCUAUGUGCCACUCAAGAUUUCUCUGGCUCCUAGAGCAGUAAGGAUGUUUCAGAAGAUUGUCAAAUAUCUGAUAAGUUCUUUCGUUGACGUUUGACACUUAAAAAUUGGGUUAUUUUCUGUAAGUUAGUUCACUUAUGUUCUUUUACAUCAUUUGUGCUGCAUACUUAUAUGAUGAUUCUAAUACAAAAUACAUUAUAAAAUGUAUAGUCCGGUAAAAAAUGUUGGGAUUUUACAGAUGUAUGUUCUACCACAAUUUAGAAAUUGUUUUACGUUAAUUCCAUUUGUUUUGUUAUGUGAUGCAAGUGUUAUACAAAUGCAUAAUAGCAGAUCUACUCAUUUCCCUUGAUAGGAAAUUACUGUAUGACACAAUGUGGAGUUCCCAGAAUAAAGAAAUUAGGUUUAAACAGUUGUCUGUUGA